AUGUGGCAGAAGCCGAGCUGUGCGAUUUUGCUCGCCACCCUCGACGCCCUGGAGCUGAGCCCGCCCACCUGGAACCGCGAGGGCGGGCGGCCGUCGACGGGCCACGAGUCGCUGGCCAGCCAGCGCAAGGGCGAGACGACGCGGUACCUGUCGAGCAUCAUCAAGAGCCCGCUGGCGUGGAUCGACGACGACGACCGCGAGCGCGUGUGGGAGCUGGCCAGCCGGCGCAUGGCGGAGCGGUGCGGGCGGACCGCCAUGGGCGAGCUGGUCCGGCACUGGCCCUUUGUCGGCGGCGGCGGCGGCGGCGAGUCCUUUGCGCUGACGGUCCGCGAGCCGGCGCUGACGGGCGACUCGCUCGGGCUCAAGACGUGGGCGUCAUCGUACGUCCUGGCCCGCCACCUGCCGCGCCUGGCCGCUUCCACCACACCGUCGUCGUCGUCGUCGCUCUUCAAGCUCUUCGACGAGACCCUCGGCCAGCCGCGGCCGUCGGUGCUCGAGCUCGGCUCCGGCACGGGCUUGCUGGGCCUGGCCGCGGCGGCGCUCUGGAGGGUGCCCGUGGCGCUGAGCGAUCUGCCGGGUAUUGUGCCCAACCUCAAGCACAACGCCGAUGCCAACGCCGCCCUCGUGGCUGCGCGCGGCGGGUCGCUGACAGUUGGGGCUUUGACCUGGGGAGGAGGGGAGGAAGAGGACACUGACCAGGGUCUUUUCGGUGUGCCCUUUCAGUUCAAGAUCAUCCUCGCCGCCGACCCGCUCUACGACGACAACCACCCUGGGCUGCUGGCAUCGGCCAUUGGCCAGCACCUCGCGCUGGGACCUGACGCGCGAGCCGUCGUCAUGGUGCCGCGGCGCGACGCGACGACACGGCGGCUGCUCGAGGCCUUUAAGCAGGCCAUGCUGGAUCUCGAGGCGCCGCUCUUCUGCGACCAAGAGGACGAGCUGGCCGGGCAGGACGACUGGGUGGACGACGAUGAGGCGGGGGUGGUGCAGUGCUGGCUGGGCGUGUUUUCGAGGGGGGGGACGCCGGCGAGUUUCUGCUGCUGA